AUGAAGACGUUCACCAUUAACUCAUCUAUCAGCGAAGUCAUUAAUUAUGACAAGUUCCGUGGAUUUGGCCAUCUCAUCUUCCCCACCGAAUUCGCCCACAACAUUAAUUCGAUGAAGAUUAAUCAAGUUUCAUCCUUACUGCCAUAUCAUACCAGUGUUUCAGCCGAGGACACAGUUAACCUCAUUAAUAAAAUGUCCCGCCGUGUAUACUCAGGCGAAACCAUAUUUUAUGAUUUUUAUUCUAAAUCUGAUAAAGAAUCUGACCAAAGAAAAGAGAAAACAGGACUCUUCUAUUUUCCAGGAAAAUCUGAUGCACCUUUUGCUGUAAUCAGUGCAGGUGGCGCAUUCCAAUAUGUUGGAUCAAUUCAUGAAAGUAUCCCACUUGCUGAUUAUGUUAGCGAACAAGGCUUAAAUGCAUUUGCCUUAGUAUAUAGAACAGGAAGUUCAGAAAUUGCCUGCCAAGAUCUCGCAAAAGCAUUAAAUUUCAUUUUUGAUCAUGCAAAAGAACUUAACGUAAGCACAAAAGGUUACUCCUUAUGGGGUGGCUCUGCAGGUGCCAUCAUGUCAGCAGCUCUCGGAUCAUAUGGCACCGAAGCGUAUUAUGCUAAACAAAUUCCUCGACCAGGUGCUGUGAUAAUGGAGUAUAUUGGAUACUCAGACUACACUAAGAAUGAUCCUCCUACAUUUGCUGUAAUGGGUACAGCAGAUCCAUAUUUUAACUAUAAAACAUUAGAAAAAAGAAUUAAUAAUCUUAAAGCAUUAGGAAUCGAUGCCGAAUUUCUCAGAGUUCCAGGUGCCCCACAUGGAUUUGGCUUAGGCAAAGGCACAAAUGCUGAAGGUUGGAUCGAUAAAGCAAUCGAAUUUUGGAAGAAACAAUUAAAAUAA